UGCGUCUUGGUGUUGUUGGGGUUCCCAUUUCAGUUGGAGCCACGCGCACGUGCGUGUGGUGGCGGUGGUCGUGGUGUUGUUGUUGUUGUUUCUCGUGUCGUGGUGAUUCCCAGACUUACCCGAGGACGACAACGAGCUAUCGGCGGUGGAUGUUUGUAAACCACCCCAGCGGAAAAAAAAGGGAUGUCUCGGAGCCACGAUGGGGGUUCAUCCCCUCUGCCCCUUCGUCGUGAUCACCACGAGAGGCGAUGCCUGCAGCACGAAGAGAUGGAGUGACGGAUUUAAAGAUUCAUCAUCGUCGUCGCCGUUGUGAUGAUGGUGGUGAACGUGCGUGAAGAGUUAACGUCGAAGUUGAGUCGAGAGCCGCCUUCACAAUAACCUCCUUCUACAUCGCCCGCGCAAUCAUGGAUGCCAAGUCCCUGGAUGCGUGUGUCGAAGGGGUCCUGUCUAGCCUGUACCCGCCGUUCGAGUUCACCGCCCCGACACUGCUGGGCCAGGUGUUUUCCGUGUGGGAGCAGAGCUUCCACGGCGACGCGCUGCAGUACCUGGUCAGCUUCCUCAUUCCGGCCAAGCACCUCCUGCAGAGCCUGCAGCUCUCGGCCUGCGCAAACUAUCCAGGGAAGAUCUUUCGGCACGAGGGAUGGCCGCUGUGCCUGGGGGAGCGUGUGGUGCUCCAGCUUUGUGACCUCGACCCCCUCGUGCUGCGAUCACGGGACUUCUACCUGCAGGUCGUUCCGAGCCCGAGCAGGGAGCAGAGCCCCCGGGUCACCUUGAAGUGCCUCUCCCGGCGCGGCCUGCGGCAACCCCGGCACAGGCACCACCGCGGCCGGCAAUCUCGGCAGCGCCAUGCCAACGUCCUAGAGGUGCCCUGCCCCGACGACCCUCUCUGCAGCCUGUUGAGCAUGGAAUGGCUGCAGGGAGUGAGCGCGGAGAGGGGGGGGCCUCCGUUGGAGAACUGCGUGCUCUCGUGUCCCGAGGGGCCCGUGCGGCUGCCCUGGAAGGAGCUGCUGCAGCCCGAGUUUGUCGACGUGCCGCGGCCCUCGGCCCGGCAGGACCCGGCGGCGCCGGAGGAGGGUGCGACGGAGCGCGGCGUCGGCGGCGCCGCCCCCGCCGCCGCCGCGAGUCCUGGUGGCUCCGAGGGCAAACCCGGCGAUGGUUCGGCGACCUCGCCCGCUGACGUCAUCGUGGGCGACGCCGCGCAACCCCCGCUGAUCGAAUCGACGAACCCCGCGGGCGCCGCCGCGUCCCGUGCCUGCGAGGUGAAUCGGUCCCAAACGUGUUUGGGCAGGCGUCGGGUCAGCCCUGCUGGAAGCACACGUGUCUCGCACCCCACUCCCGGCGGGUCACGUGGCGGGUUGGAACUAACGACGGAGCGUAGAGAUGAUGUUGACGACGACGACGCCGUUGCUGCUGCUGCUGCUGCUGUGAACAAAGCGAUGGUUGAAACUAAACGGGCCGAGGCACGCGAUGCCGCCCGGUGCCUUCAUAACGAAUCGGCUUCGGCCGCCCCUUCAGAUUGCCAAGGGGCGCCUUGCCUCGUCGGAGUCGCUUCCAGUGCGGUCGCCUCUUCCAACAACCGCAAGUAUGCAGCCGUGAGCGACGCGAAUGUUGCGUCUCGGUGUCGCGGCAAAAGUCAGGAAGGAAGUCAUCAAAGUGAGCUCGUACAGAGCAACCUAAUGAGACGUGGGAACGAUUGCCAAGUCGGCCCGCAUCAACCGCCGAUCUCCAGCCGGUCCCACAGCGACGCGGGAAACGCCGCGGCUGCCGUUUCUUCCCACGGGGCCGCGAGCGAUCCUGAAAGUUAUUCUGACGGAGCGCGCUCGCCUGGAGCAAGGGCCGAGCGUACCGUCGUGCCCACUCGUAGCCGGCGCCUCCCCAAACGCGUUAGCAUGGGAGCGUUUGAAGACGCACGCGACCAUUGGCACGGUUCAGGUGAGCCGCCGGGCUCAGGGCGGUUGCCAAAAAGUAUUUUCGGGCAGCUCCACUCCGCGCAGGACAGUCGCGGCGGUUGCGAGCAGGCGUCGCUUGGUGCGAGCCUCCCACGCUCGGAGGCUGCUAUGGCCGCUACCGCCGCCGCCGCCGCCGCAACGCAACUUCUUGCCGCAACUUGCGCGCGGCCCGGGGCUGCGCGCGGCUCGCUCGGCUUAACCGCGUCAGAAUCGCCGACGGGCAACUCGACCGGGUCGGCGUGCGGCGACGUUGAUGAGAUGGAGGGCCGAGUCAGGAUAUUUGACGUGCGCACGACGAGCGGCGGGCGGGCGCCGCGCGCCGUUACGGAGCGCGGGGAGCCAAAUGACCAUCAUUCCUGGGACGUCUCGCAACUCGGCAGACCUCGUUUUCACUCGGAGCUCUUCAACUGCCCCCAGACUAGCAACGAGGGUGUCAUUUGCGGACCGGCACGGGUCGGCUUGUUGACGAUAGCUCACGGCAUUCCGCCGGGGGGAAUCGCCCGGCUCCCCCGUAGCCCCGGGGAGGUUGAUAAAGUUUGCGGGCCGCCCCUUGAAGCCGCCCAACGACACCGCGACGGGACGGACGACGGGAUGGCUUUGUCGCCAAAGCCAGCGGAGCGAGUCCGGGUCCCGACGGAGCAGACGCCGCUUGUGCCCACGGCUGACAACGACGCCUCGCCACAGGAGCUGAGCGCAGGAGGUGUGGGCACGGUACCAGCAGAAAUGCCGGCGCCGGAGGAGACCGAGAGUAAGGGCACUCGAGUGACUGAAAAGCUUGCGGAGAGAGAGGCCCGCCCGUUCACUGCACGCGGGGCCUUUCACCAACGGGACUUUGACUCCGCUGGGCUGAAUGAAUCUUUACAAAUGUCACGACCUCAGCCUACUGCUCCUGCUGCUGCUGCUGCUGCUGCUACUGCUGUCUUCGAUCCACCCGUGACCGUGUCCGGAGAGAGGCGCGCCGCUGAUGGUGGCUCGCGAGCGCCAGCCCCUCCCGGCGGAGGGCAAGGACGUCGCGCGUUGCCCGCUGACGCUUGGGAGGGCACGAGCGGCGACCGGGAGCGCCGGACACACGCCGACUGGAGCGUUGCCGGGGCCCCGGAAGAAGCCCGCGUGAGCGCGGCGCCCGCCGAAGCGAACGCGCUGGCGGGUGCCCCGGUAGGCGAUCGCAAAGCACUCUGGGAGGAUGACGAGGGCGGCGGUUCGGUGGAUGCGGGCGGCCGCCCAUCGAGAGCCGGGGGAGCCGGCACUGAACGUGCAGACGAUGACGAUGGAGUCGAUGAGCUGGCGGCUGCCGCAGGCGAUGCGGACGGUGGACGGCCCCGUGACGACGCGUGCCGGUUCCUCGCUGGCGUUGAAGGCGCGCCAAACUCCCGUUCCCCAUGUGCAGAUUCCGUCGGGCGGUGUGCGACCGACACGAACGGGAUGGGUGCGAGCUCUCCCCGGGGCCACUCGGAAGCCGUGCGUGCCUCCGCGCGCGCCGGAAGGACGAGUGACGGGGAACGCAUCGACCAGUCGCGUUCGCGUCGCAUCCGUUCCGCCCGCGCGGGACGUCGGGAGCCCUCGACACUGAGCAACGGCGACGCUGCCGCGGGGGGUGCAACAGGUGACGCAGCCGGGGAAUUGACUUCUGCAAGCGUCGGAGAAUGUUGCCCAAGUACCUUGCCAGCUGCGGGGAGCCAACGAUUGGCCGCCGAUGACGCCCGCGACGGGCGGAGCGUGCCCCCCGAAGUUCCGCGCAAGGUCAACGCUGAGCGUCGUGUUUGCGACGACGCUCAAACAGGAGGAGCGGCGGGUGCCGGAGUGACUGGCGACGAGGCCCGCCGCCCUGCUGGGCAUUAUACAGCGGCAGCUGCUCCUACCGGGAGCAGCACCAACAGCAGCGGCGCCAGUGGCGGCGUGGUGCUGAGCGAUGAAGAGUUGCAGACCGUGUUGCUGGAUGGAGACACUGACCCCACACGCACAAGAGACACUGACCCCACACACACAAGAGACACUGACCCCACACAGACAAGAGACACUGACCCCACACACACAAGAGACACUGACCCCACACACACAAGAGACACUGACCCCACACAGACAAGUGACACUGACCCCACACACACAAGAGACACUGACCCCACGCAGACAGGAGACAUUGACCCCACGCAGACAGGAGACAUUGACCCCACACACACAAGAGACAUUGACCCCACACACACAAUAGACACUGACCCCACACACACAAGAGACACUGACCCCACACAGACAAGUGACACUGACCCCACACACACAAGAGACACUGACCCCACGCAGACAGGAGACAUUGACCCCACGCAGACAGGAGACAUUGACCCCACACACACAAGAGACAUUGACCCCACACACACAAUAGACACUGACCCCACACACACAAGAGACACUGACCCCACACACACUAGAGACACUGACCCCACACAGACAAGUGACAUUGACCCCACACACAUAAGAGACAUUGACCCCACGCAGACAGGAGACAUUGACCCCACACACACAAGAGACAUUGACCCCACACACACUAGAGACACUGACCCCACACAGACAAGAGACAUUGACGUGCUCACUAACAGCGAUGAUCCUGUCCCCCAGGAGGCCGUGCCCGGUGCUCUCCACGCCGUGAUUGUCUUCGUGGAACGGGAGCCCGGAUUUCGCGUGGAGGAAGCUCUCAACGUGCACUACGAGGUGGUGACUUCCUUGCGGUCGUUGCACAAGCACGUGGAGAGCGGCCAGCUGCCCCGUGAGCUCAAGGGCUCCUUCCCGUACAGCCACUCGGACUGGCUGCGUUUCCGCAGGAGGCUGGAACCCUUCGUGCGCGACUGCGAAGAGGCGACGCAGUUCCUGCACAGCUCCGUGGAGGCGCUCCGCUCCGCUCCAGCGCCACAGUCCGAGGAGGAGGCGGCGGCCGAGCGGGAGAGGCAGGGCCGCAUGAUGCGCGCGGCGCUGCAGGACGAGCGUCUCGUCGGCCUGCAGCUGGAGGGCGGCGCCACGCUGGCGCGCCUGCGCAAGGAGAGCACCGGCGCCACCGCCUCGCCCGACUGCAGAGACGCGGUGGAGAGAGCGACGCGGCUGUACGGGCAGGCGGAGGAGCAGGUGCACAACCUCGUCAUGCUGUCCAACGCCUGCGCGCACCGCCUCGACCGCCUGCUGGCGUACUGGCCCUUGCAGAAGAGGGCCGCGCAGAUGCAAAGCUGGCUGGAGCAAGAGGGAGAGGGAGGGCUGCGGAGUACGGACGUUCUCCCGGACUCUCUGGCUUGCCUGCGCACCACUCACCAGGAGUUCCAGAGCUUCUACGCGAGAGCCAAGGAGCGCUGCGACGACGCCGCCGAUGUCCUGCGGGAGCUGGAGCCAUUUGGCGACGCGGAGCCCGGCCUGGAGCAGUGCGCCAGAACCGCGCGGGAGCUGCGGCCGCGCGCCGACGACUUCCGCCGGCGCCUGGAGAGCCGACGGGCCCACGUCCAGCAGGCCGUGCGGCUCUACACCUUCCUGGACAGAGCGUACGCGUGGUCCUUGGAGCGGAUCCGCGGGCUGGCGAGGCUGCACUCCGUCCGCGACGCCGGCGCCGGCCGCCACCCAGCCUCGGAGAAGCACGACGCGGCGGUGGCGGUGGUGAGGCGCUUGGAGGCGCUCUCCCGCGCAGCCCCGACAUCCCGGCGGCCGAGUUUGCGGAGAUGGAGGAGGUGGCGCGGGGGUUGGCGCGCGACGCCGGCCACGUCGGCGCCCUGCGCCAGCGGCACUUCGCCCGGGGAAAGUGUCGCGAGGCCGGCCAGGCCUUCUCGCGCAAGCUGGAGGCGGCGCUCCUCCGGACUGCCGCCACGCGCGGUCCGAGCGGAAGGCGCGCGGCGCCGGCGGGCGGCCGGGAGCCCGACGCGUUCGGCGGGGACGCGUCGGACGGCCCGCCGGGGAGCUCGCGCGGCGGACGAACCCGCGGGGGCGCGCCGCGACCCCCGCCGGGAAGAACGCGAAUCGCUGGAGAGUUUGGUCUUCGAAGGGAUGGAGUACUGGACAUCGGACCGCAUGGUGGGCGACCCGGGGGAUGCGGGAGACUCGGAGGAGGCAGGCACGCCGAGCCCCGCGCCCAGAAGCGAAUCCCGGCAGCGGUGCUACAGCGUGAACGACAUGCGCGUCGACGAGCGGUCGGAGCCCGGGGGGCUGGCCGCGGAACGGCUGCCGCCGCCGCCGCCGCCGCCGCCGCUCCUCGCCGGCCGCGGGGAGAGGCGGCUGCUGAGCGCGCCCGCGGGCGGGCCGAACCCGCGGGACGACUCGGGCGAAGCGCGCCACGGAGGGAAGGGCGGCAGGGAAGCUCGCGGCAGCUUCGCCCUGGAGCACGCGCACUCGUUCCUCGCCAACUGCAAGGCGGUGCUGCUGCGCGACAGGCGGAGGCUCUCGCGGGCGGCGGAGGACCGCACCGACGGGCGGUCGGCCGCCGCCGAUUUGCGCAGGAGCCUGAGCGCCCUCGAGUCGAUCGACGGGGGCGCCGUCGCCCGCGGCGACGGCGCGGCGCGCUCGCCGCAGCGGAGUCCCGCCAGGUCGCCCUCGGCCCGCGGCGGCGGCGGCUUUGGCGACGCCGGCGGCUCGCGGCAGCGGGAGCAGCGGCUGGGCGGCGCCCGGCCGCCCCUGCGGAGGCUCGUCAAGGUGCAGAGCGUGGACGCCGGCAUCGGGCGCAGCACGGAGGCGCUGGGCGGCACCGCCGCCGCCGUCGCCGUGGGUCUGUACCGCCGCGACGAGCCCGUGCUGCGGCACGGCAACACGGGGCUCUACAUCCGAGGGCUGGAGGUGGGCAGCACGGUGGCCGUGGAGACCGGCUUCAUGCCGCGGUCAGCAUCGCACAGCGCCCUGCACUCUACCCAGCAACAACACCAGCAGCAAACAGCAAGUCAGCAGCCGUCGCCCACGCACCGCCGGCCUGCGCUCCUCCGCUCGGGCAGCCUGCCCGUGGCGCCCGUGCAGCGCCGCUUCUCCGAGACGGAGAGCCACAGCCGCGGGAGCAAGCUACGGCACGUGGUGGCGGAGAUGAUCGACACGGAGCGCGAGUACGUGCGGGCGCUGGCCUUCGUGGUGGAGCACUACGUGCCGGAGCUCGACGGCCCGGGCGCCGCGACGCCGCCCCCGCCGCCGGAGCUGCGCGGCCGCCAGAACGCGCUGUUCGGGAACCUGCGCGGAAUCCUCCUGUUCCACGAGGGCUACUUCCAGCGCGAGCUGGAGCAGUGUGCCGUGCACCCGCUGCGCGUGAGCCACUGCUUCCUGCGACACGCGAAGCAGUUUGAGAUGUACGCCCUCUACAGCAAAAACAAGCCGCGCUCCGACGCCCUGCUCGCCAGCCACGGCAUCGCCUUCUUCCGGCGGAAGCAGCUGGAGCUGGAGGACAAGAUGGACCUGGCCUCUUACCUCCUCAAGCCCAUCCAGCGCAUGAGCAAGUACGCGCUGCUGCUGCGCGACAUGAUCAAGGAGAGCGCGGGAGCAGAGUCGCAGGACCUGGAUGAGCUGCGCGCCGCGCUGGAUCUCGUCAAGUUCCAGCUGCGGCACGGAAACGACCUGCUGGCCAUGGACGCCAUCCGCGAGUGUGACGUGAAUCUCAAAGAGCAGGGCCAGUUGCUGCGUCAGGAGGAGUUUGUGGUGUGGCACGGACGCAAGAAGAUGCAGCGCAGGGUGUUCCUCUUCCAGGAGCUGGUGCUCUUCAGCAAGACGAAGCGUGCCGAGGGAGUGCAGGAUGUCUACGCGUACAAGAGCUCCUUUAAGACGGCGGAGCUGGGGCUCACCGAGAGCUUGGGCGAGGAAGGGCUGCGCUUCGAGAUCUGGUUCCGCCGCCGGAAGUCGAGCGACGCGUUCGUGCUGCAAGCGCCGACGCCCGAGCUCAAGCUGGCGUGGACGAGGGACUUGUCGCGCAUCCUGUGGCAGCAGGCGACGCGGAACCGCCAGGUGCGCAUGCAGGAACUGUCCUGCAUGGGCGUGGGGGGGAAGCCCUACAUGGACAUCCGGCCCAGCGCCGCGGCCAUCAGCGACCGCGCCAUCGACUUCUUCACCAGGGGCCGUGGGACGCGGUCGCGAGCCUCCAUUGCCGUGUCGUCCUUCGACCACUCGGGCCAGACCUCGCCGCACCGCCCCGCCUUCCUGUCGCAGACGGGCGGCCAGGCGUUCGGCGGCCCCUACUCCUGCGUGGGCCCCGUCGGCGGCGGUCCCUUGGUCAGCCCCGGGCGGAUGGCGGCCGCCACCAGCGAGUUCCAGUCCUGCAUCCAGGAGGAGGAGGACGCGACGGAGCCGGAAACGGGCAGCCAGCCGUCCGUGGCCACCGCCAGCACAGACUCGCUGUCGCAGUGCACGUCCAGCGGCAGCGGCGACAGCGGCUGCAGCUCGCGCUUCCUGUACGACGCCCCUGCCGAGGAGGGGGGCGCCCCUCCGCCUCUCGCCCGAGCCCCUCUCGGCCCCUUCCCCGGGCGAGGGCUCGGCCCGCCCGGCGCGCCGCCAUCCCCGGCGUCGUCGGGCGACGAAUUGCAGGCCCUCGCCGCGGGCCGCGGGCCGCGCUGCCGGGCCCUGCGGGCGAGCGGCGCUCCCGAGGGCGGCGCGCGUUAUGGCCCCCGUGGCAACCGGGCAGAGGGCACGCGCUGGCAGGAGGACGACGCUUCUCGGCGUAACGGUGACAAGAAGGGAGACGGCUUCCCGUGCAGCCCAUCGACGCUCUUGUGACACCCUCUCACCUUCCUGCUCCCAAGUUUCCACUGCGCUGGAGAGAUGAGGCGUCGGGAGGGCAUGUGGACGGAGUGCCUGAAGACGUGUUUACACAUUUCCACCGUCCUUGUGCCAUCGGCGUCCGCUGCAGUCGUCGUUAAUUCACAAAAUGGGGGCAAUGGUGGGCGCGGGGGAAAGAGGCAUUGUGGUUUCUUGGUUCCCACGCGAGCACUGCAUCGGCCACUAUCGUGCAAAGUGCAAUACGACAUUGUGGUACUUGCUCUAAAUUAAUUGCCAAGGUCGGCUGCACUUCAUCAAAAAGGGUGGCUUUAAAUAUCCCGCAUUGUAGCAGUGGCAUUUAUUAGCUCGUCCAUUGCAGUAUGUCAGGUGUUUCACUUUUAUAUAAUUUUAAAGCAACCCUUGUUCCUCACAGUAACUGUCUUUAUAAUAUAUAUUUGAAUCGUCUUGCGUUUAUUUAAAGAGUUUUACGAUUCCCUUGAACGUUAGCACUUAACGUUUUGUCCGUCGCUCGUCUCUCCGAAAGCUCUGACGCAACUGCUGCCUCCGCUGCCCCCGCCGCCGCCACCACCGCCACCACGCACUGCCGUGUGUUGGGGAUAGGUUCAAAGCCAGUUAGUGGAAGGGGCAUUGUGACACCACCACCACCACCGUGCAUGCGCGUGUGUUCGUGAUAGCUUCAAAGCCAGUUAGUGGAAGGGGCAUUGUGACACUGCCACCACAACCCCCCAUGUUAAAUCUGCUUUUGAAACAAGCGGCCAGUAACAUUGCAUGCAAAGUAAGUGGCUUGAGAUUAAAGGCUGGUGGCUAGGGGGUGAUUGAGCCACCAUUGCCCGUCCACCGUUGUAACUCACUCCGUGGGCAUGCACGUGUCGGGGGUACGGGGGUGGUGGGGGUUUGAGAUGAAACGACCGUCAAAUGGAAACGUUACCCCCACGGCACCUCGAAUUGACCCACCCUUGAAGGAAGCCAUGUCCGUGUAAAUAAAGUGGUGUGCCCAGCGGUGCCGGAUGAAGCUAGUGCGGGGCCUGUAGCAUGUGUUGUUAUGAAGGGGCCCAAAGUUACCAAAAAGAACACGUAAAUAUUAAAACACAAAUUUGUUAC